AUGUUGUCGAGUCUCGGAAACCCACGCCAGGCGGCGUCGCAGCUGCUCAACUUUGCGCUCAUUCUUUCCACCGCUUUCAUGAUGUGGAAAGGUCUCUCCGUCGUUAGCGAUUCGCCGUCUCCCAUCGUCGUUGUUCUUUCCGGUAGUAUGGAGCCGGCCUUCCAAAGAGGAGACUUGCUCUUCCUCUGGAACCGAAACUUUCUCCAAGAAACGGAUGUCGGCGAGAUUGUUGUAUACGAGGUGAAGGGAAAGAACAUUCCGAUUGUCCACCGUGUCAUCCAAAAGUUCGGCUCUGGACCACAAGCGAAGCUACUCACGAAGGGAGACAACAAUGCGGGAGCCGAUCAAGAACUGUAUGCCAAGGGCCAGGACUUCCUCGUACGGAGCGACAUUAUCGGUUCAGUCGUCGCAUACAUUCCCUUUGUCGGAUACGUCACCAUUCUCCUCUCUGAGCACCCAUGGCUCAAGACGGUGAUGCUGGGAAUCAUGGGUUUGGUCGUAGUACUGCAGCGGGAGUAA